UGGCAACCUCUUUUACCGCCCUGCAUUCGCCCCAGCCCCCUUGCCAUCUCAUCAGUUGUUCUGCUUGACCCUCCCUUCAAUCCCAACCCUCCCUCUUUUCUCAGUCCUAGAAAUCCAUUACAUUUUACCUAAAGAUGCCUGUCUGGCCUGUUCGCGCGACCUAUACUGGUCAAGAUGCUCUGGAAAAGUACUUCACCGAGUUAUUUGGCCCCGGUACCUCAACCGUCCUCUGGAAGCGUGGAAGAUUCCUGUGCACCAUCCCUCGUCAUCUCACCGAUGCUGAGCAAGUCCAGUUACGACACGUUGUCAAAAAGGCAGAUCAUUACCAGUGAUUUCUGCCUGGGCUAAAUUGGUAUUCAUGCGUGGGCUCGCCCAUUUGGUGGGCCAAGUUAUUCUACAAAUGGAAGCCCGAAUUGUUGUACUAGGGAAAUGAGCCGCGAAAUAAAAAUAAAAUAAAACCAACUAUUUCCACG